UAUUUCACUUGAGACAGAUAAAGGAAAAGAAAGCGACCGAACAUGAAUAGUGUAUAUUUCGUCAAAAAGAAAAUGCGAAAGACAAGGUUGUGAGUUGUGAGUUGCGAAGGAAAGAAAGCAAAGAAGAAAAAUAAAAAGAUGCUUCCACUAAAGCUGGUUCGUUCUCUGGUCUUAGGAGAAAGCAUCAACCACAACUCUCACUUUCUAAAACAAAAUCACAAUCACCAUGAUGAUGAACAAGAACAACAAACCAAAGAAACAAGAAGAAGAAGAAGAAGAAGAAAAUCAAAAAGACCUGCUCUUUUAUUCAUCCCAACAAAAGAGAUAAUAACAAACACAUAUAAACUUGCAACCAUUGCAAGAGACUUAGGAAUGGAUUUAUACCCAACACCAUCACUUUCUCACAUAAUCUUCUCUAAUCCAUCAUCAACACCAUCAACAUCUUCUUCUUCUCCUUCUCCUUCAACGCCAUCUACUUCUACCUUCUCUGUCUCUUCAGCUUCAUGUUCUCUUCUAAACGACGCCGUUCCGAUUCCGUUUCCUUCAUUCUCCAAUGCGCCACUCACCCACCUACGAUAUUUCGUUACGCUCUUCCCACGCGCCUUCAAGCUCGUCCUUUUCAACUCCGAUGGUGACUUUGACGCUUCUGGGUCAUGCGGCGGUGACCUCAGUAACUGGGAUUGUUGUUCUUUCUCUUUAUACUCUCGGGUUUCUGGUAAUCGGGUUGAAACGAUGGAGGGGUUUUGCCGGAUUCUCGCUGGGAAAGGUUGGACCUUUUUUAAAACCAAGAAAAACUCUUCAACGGAUCAGUGUGGUGGCGGCGGAGGUAGUGGUGGUGGCGGUGCUGUUUAUCUUUUUAGAAAGGUUGAUGUGAACCGGGUUCGGGUGGGUCGGGUUGGAACACCUGAUAGGGCAUGUAGAGUUAGGGAGCUGAGGUUGCCUCAUUUGGAUUUUGAAAAUGCUCCUUUGAGGAUUUUGCAGUAUAUUUUGUUGAUGACUGAUGAUAUAUUCUGUUUAGCAUGAAUUCAAACUGGAUGCCUUAGAGACUUUAAACUAUCAAUUACUUGCACAGUUAAGCCAAACACGACAUUGAGAAAGUGGAAGUGAUUGAAUGUAGACAUGUUUCGUGGACAUAAGACAUGUCUUUGGUUUGAAAUGUUGGUGCUACAUAUGUUAAGAGAAAUUGAAAUGAGGCAUCUGCUUUGAUCUUACAAUAUGUGGUGAGAAGGUUUUGUAACUAUUGAAAUUGAAAUUGAAAUGAUGUUGUUCUCUGCUGAUGGAAGAAAAUGAAGCUAAAGAGAUUGUUAAUAUCUGAAGAGCUAUUAGCAUUUGGUGUGUGAUGUUCAGUUCAAUUGAAAUCAAAUUUAGACUGAAUGAGGUAUCAUUUAACUCCUGAAUUUGAAAGAGGUUAUUAUCAACAAAUUAGGAUUCUUGUGUCAUAGAAAUGUAAAGUUGAAAGCCACCUAUAAUCUGCUUCAUAAUAUAUGUCAUAUAUCCAUUAAUACUGAAAAAGAUGUGGCAAAUCUCAUUAUGGAGUGACUGAAUAUACCAUAUUGGGUCUUCUGCUGAGAUGAAAUGCACCCAUUUUGUAUCUCAAUGAAAGGAUGUGUUGUUAAGAUCAUACAAAUUGGUUUACGAGGGUGACCAUUUUAUAACUAGUUAAUUGUAGUGAAACAAUUUUAGAGAGUUUGUAGAAACACAUAUGUUCAUUUCAUAAACUAUUUUCAACUAA